UCUUCCUUCAUCCUUCCUGCAUCUCCCUCUCUAUCUCUGACCAUUCACAUUCACAGAACUGUAUUAUAUAUAUACUUGCAAGAAACCUCUCUUUGUGGUUUCAUAAGUCUGCAACUUCUGAUGGCCUCUCGCCUGGGGAUGAACAGGGCAGAUCGCCGGAUUGAAACUACAGAUCAGAAUGAAUCUGGCUCAUCUCCUGAGAAGACUAUUGGGCCAAAGUCAUAUUCAUACGGUGAACUAGCAAGGGUAACGGGUCAUUUCUCGCUCAAUAACCUAAUUGGUCGAGGUGGUUUUGGUCAUGUUUUUAAGGCAUCCUUAGAUGGUGAGAUCCGUGCUAUUAAGAGACUUGAUUUUCCGGAUGUACAAUCCGAAGGAGGUUUGGAGAGGGAGAUUAUGGUAGUCAAAAGUGUCAGUCACAAAAACCUCGUUGAACUGGUUGGUUACUGCAUUGAUGGAGCCAAUAGAUUGCUUAUUUUAAAGUAUUUUCCAAAUGGGUCCUUGAGAUCUAAAUUACAUGGAAGUGGGGAUGUUUUGGACUGGAAAAAAAGAAUGAAGAUCGCUACAGGUUCUGCAAAAGGAUUGGAAUAUUUACAUGAACACUGUAAACCUAAAAUUAUUCAUUUAGAUAUCAAACCAGAUAAUAUUCUUCUGGAUGAAGAUUUUGAACCUAAGAUUUUGGACUUACUCAAUUUUUUACCGACGGUGCUACUCACAUCCAAAUCAUCAGUUAUGGGAACCCAUGUUUAUGAAGAUCCCCUGACAACAAAAUUAGGAAAAUAUUCUGAUAAGUCCGAUAUUUAUUCUUUUGGUGUUACACUUUUAGAGUUAAUUACUGGAAGAAAGCCUAUAGAUAAUGGCAUUGACAUUGUUACUUGGGCAAAUCCUCUAAUUCAAAACGCUUUAGAGGGAAGAUAUGCGAAUUUUAUAGAUCCCAAAUUACAAUCCUUUGACAAUGAAGAAAUGUAUCGAACCAUUUCUUGUGUUAAUUCUUGCCUAAAUCAAUCUUUAAAUUUUCGUCCAACAAUGGAGAAGAUACGUUUUGUUCUUGAAGGAAAAUUGCCUCCAGAGAAAUUAUGCGAUUACGAAUUGCAACGGAGUACUAGAGAUCCGAAAGGAUCUAGGUCAUCGCCUGAGUUGAAUAGAAGUAUAAUUCUUGGGCCGAGGCAAUAUUCAUAUCAACAACUAGCAAAGGCGACCAAUUAUUUUUCUAGUAACGAUCUCAUUGGCGAGGGUGGCUUUGGACAAGUUUAUAGGGGAUUACUAGAUGGUGAAUCCCUUGCUAUCAAGAAACUCAAAAAUCAUCCAGAUUUACAGUCGCAAGAAAACCUGAAGAAUGAGAUUAUGGUUGUUAGCAGCAUCCGCCACAGAAAUCUUGUUGAACUGCUUGGUUACUGCAUCGAAGGGGCUAAUAGAUUGCUUGUUUUUAACUAUUUUCCCAAUAAGUCUUUGAGCUCUCAAUUACAUGAAAGCGAUCUGGCUUUGGACUGGGAGACGAGAAUAAAUAUCGCCAAAGGCUCUGCAAAAGGCCUAGAAUAUUUACAUGAACACUGUGAGCUUCCUAUCCUACAUUUAGAUAUCAAGUCAAACAACAUUCUUCUUGAUGAUGAUUUUAAACCAAAGGUGGCUGACUUUGGACUUGCACGCUUUUUUUCGGAAGCUGCUACUCAUAUUUCCGAAUCCGCAAUUAUGAGAAACAAAGCCUAUGUAGAUUCAUAUGCACUAAAAAUUGGACAGUACUCUAUAAAAUCAGAUGUUUACUCAUUUGGUGUUAUGCUUCUAGAAUUAAUUACCGGAAGAAGACCCGAAGAAGACGGCUUUGAUGUUGUUAAAUGGGCAAAAUAUAAAAUUAAGAGCGCUUUGCGGGAUGAAAAUUUUGAAGAAUUUGUAGAUCCUAUAUUGCAAAUGUUUAACGAUGAAGAAAUGUAUCGAAUGUUGUUCUGCAUUAAUGUUUGUAUAAAUAACCCUCCAAAGUUUCGCCCGUCAAUGAAGAAGAUACUUCUAGCUCUUGAAGGAAUUUUGCCUCUAGACGAAUUAUGCAAUGAGAAGGGUGAUAACAAAUUGCCACGGUACCCUACUUUAUAUAAAGAUCCAUCUCCUCCAUCUCCUAUGAAAGCUAAUAAUGGUACUAAAAUGUGGAGAUCUAUGGAUGAAGCUUCAUCUAGGGAGAGAUUUCAAGUUCGAAAUCAGAGUACAUCUAAUAAAAUGUGGAUAUCUGCUGAAGCAACUAAUCGUUUAGCUGAAGGUGUUAAACGUCUUGACUUUUUUGACCUUUUUGAUGAGGAUGAGGAAGAAGAAGAGGAUUCAGAUGAAGAGGAGGCAAUACCAGAAUAUUUGGUCUUCAGACGAGGAAAAGCAGUUGACAAGAAAUCUUACUAAAAUUGUUAAAAUUUUACAUGAAAUUAUUUCAUUUAAGGUUAUUUAGAUCAAAAUUACUUAAUUAGUCCU